AGUGGAUGGAUAUAUCGACAGGAAUCGCGUACAUAUUUAUGCGUAUACACGCACAAUUAGUGCAUCUUCAUCGUUAGCUAUCAAUAUUAGAGCCGUGUUUUCUGCAAGGGCAGAUUAUUGAAUCGACAGGAAGAUUCCGUGGCCAACCACGGCAAUACCUCUGAAGAGCAACCCAAGCAUAGCUGUGUGAGCCUCUCGUGAUCAGCACACGCAGCUGACGUAAAUAAAGAGAACAUAGUGUUGGACGGGGUUGUAAGUGUGGGUGACACAAGCGUAGUAGACAGCGAACGGGCGCACUUGAGGCGGGAAGGUGGAGAUACUGCGCUGGUGGAGAUUGGUCACAAGCCAGACACGCAGACGAUGGGUGAAGGCCAGAGCAAAAUCGCCAGUGACGGGGAGGAAUCUGGGGGGCAUCACAAGGGCUCGGGGAAGUCGAAUGCGAGCACACAGCCAAAUGGAGGGCAGACCCUGCAGAAAGAUGGGGAGAGUGAGAGUGCUGAGCAAUACGGGGAAAAGACGGAGAAGUUCGGUACGAGUACAGAUGCAGAUGCAAAUAAGGAGGUGAAGGCUGUUGAUGCGGGUGCAUCAAAGACCCAUGCAAAGUCUGGAGAGACCCAGGAGACGGAGAAGGCCAAUGGGGUCAGCGGUGAGGCACAGGACAGUACUACUGACAAUACAGGCACCUCUGAGAGACAGGAGGACAGUGACAAGGUAGAGGGCAAGCAGGAGCCAUCGGUGGGUGCGCAGACGGGCAGCCAGGGCCACGGUAGCAGAGAUGCGGGCUCGAACGGUGACAGAAGCAGUCCUGUGAGUGUGAACUCAGCCACAGACUCGUCGGAUGAGAUGUUGGCGGUGUUAGGGACCAGAAGGGAUGGGGAUAGCCACCUGACGAGAGACCGUGCACAGGAAGGUCACGAUGACGAACUGAAGGGUAGUGCGGGCGAAGGGAUGGCAGGUGAAGGUACAGAGAAACAGAACUCUGCGGUUGUAGUAGAGGCGUCGAAUGAAGCGGAGCAGCCGUCUAGUGCAGAUGUUGGCGGUGUCAAUGAGAGUGUGGAUGCCGAGCUUCGCAGUCAGGAGACGUCAGAGAUGAUGGGUAACAAGACAGAUGUGAGCGAUACGCGUGCAGCGGAGAGUGAGAGGAAGUUAGAAAAGAACAAUCAAGAGACCGGUCCUGUCCUAGUUGGUGCAGGUAAGGUGCAAGAGUCGGCAGUGGAGUCGACUGAGGACGCGGAUAGGGCUAGUAAGAGUGCAGAUAACGAUGUCGAGAAACAUGGGAAGAGUUCAGAGACAGCAAACGGACAGGAGACGAUGAAAAGCGAAACCGAGUCUGCUAAACCAGCACCAACAGACGAUGCAGAAAAGUCAAAUGUCAGGGCCAAGACUCCAUUGCUACCCAACAACCACACACCAACGGCAAGCACGCCAGAGGGGGCUCGGCCUGAUGCACAGCAACACCUGCAACCACGAGCACCAAAGACAAAGCAACCGCUAGUCGGAAGUACACCCGCGGAACAGGCGAACCAAAAUAACAUUCGCACACAAACAUUCGACACACCCGGCAGGAGGUCGUUCAGGAUACUCAUGGUGUCGCACGUGUGUGGGCGGCUGCACCUGCUCAAUAAUCUGGCGGAGAAAAGCGGUGCAAAAGCGAUAGUGAGCUGCGGCAAUUUCGGGUUCUUCGACGCCGCGAGUUACGACAACCUGCCCAUACACACAUUAAGAAAACUACUCAGGGAGCAAAAAGGAGUACUCCCGGAGCACAAAGAUAAACUCCUCGAGUUUAAAGAAGAUCGGUUGAGGGAAGCAAUGAAAGAGCAGAACAUACUGAGCGAGCUGCACAAUUACAUACAAAACGACGCCGGAGAGGCUGAGAGAAGGCUGCAUAUGCCUCUGUACGCGCUUUGGGGUGCUAAUGAAGGUAUGACUAUCCGCACUCUCAGUAUCUCACCACUCACUUUCAUGAGUCAUGUACCUGGUAUGCAGGAGAAGGUUUCGUAA